ACAGUUGCAUUUGAGCACGUUUUUUGUGUAAGUGUGCGUGGCAAAGACAGAAUACAGUUGACAUGUGCUCCACCUUUAAUUGAGACACAACUAAUCAACCACCUAUCGCAUUUAAUACAAGAAAUUGACAGCGUCGAAAACGGCAUCGAUAUAAAAUUACGUGGCACAGCCUGGGUGCCCACUAAUUUCGAACAGGCGGCAAGUGCGAAAAGGAUAUUUUUGACAUUAUUCCGACACUUCAACUCUGCUGGUUAUCACUUUCUGUGCUCUGGUUCGUUACGUGGUCAAACAAAAAGUGAUGUUUUCUUCUUUCGUAAGCAUUUGAAAUGCUGCAGUGAUUCGAACUAUUUCCUCAUAUCAUACGAACGUAAAGAUCGACUACGAGUGUUUGAAGCUCCUCCUGAAACAUUAUCGUGCAUUGAUGCUGUUGUCAAGAAUCACUGGUCGAGAGGAAUCCAGGAAACAAAAACUACAUACGUAAACAAUUUUUUGAUCAUCGACAAUGUUGCAAAACCACCAGCAAACUAUAAAAACUUUCUGCGGACAAAUGUUGGCCAUGAAGUUCGGAUUAUUCAGCUAGGGUGUGCUGAAUUCAAACUUGCUGGGAAUCCAUUUUAUACGGAUGGCGAUGAGUUACUGGAAACUCAAAGGAUGUCAAUGGAACUUGUUAAGAAGAUGUCCGACAUCGGAUGGAAAUUAAUUACUAGUGUAACAUUAUCACAAAGAAUCAGUGAUAAGUGUUGCCUCAUAUUCGAAUCUUCAACGCCUAGGAAAAUGAAUAUUUUCGCGAUAAGUCCAGCCAAAAGUGAUCUGCUAAGGUUAUUAAAUGCACCGUUCGAGAUACGUGCAACAGUAAAGAAAAUCAUCGAAGAGUUUUGGUUACGAGGGAUACAGGAAACUGGUUAG